AUGCCUGGGCCGUGUGGGCUGGGCCUGCUGCUGGCGCUGAUGCUGCUGCCCGUGGUCAGCGCCUCCAGGCCGGGCACCGUGUUCAGACUCAACAAGGAAGUGCUGAGCUAUGCGGCUGAAGCCGGGAAAGCCCCGCUCCAGAGGGCCCUGCAGGUCACAGUGCCGCUUUUCCUGGACCGGAGUGGAGGGGUCUUCCAGCCCACCAGGAUUCAGAUUCUGAACGUCGAUGUGUCCCACCUCCAGCUGACAUUUGUUGCCAAUUUCGGAAUACGCUUGUUGGCAGCCACCAAUUUUACUUUCAAGAUCUUCCGUGACCCGGAGCCCCUGCACCUGCUGCUCCCCAUAGCGCUGCUGGCUGACACCUCUGUGGAACAGGGCUCCAUCGGGACCCCCGUGGUCAGCAUCUCCAGCUGCUUUUCCAUCUUCGACAAAGCUAUCGUGUUUGAUGGCCGCAACAGCACAGCUCCCGCGAUGCUGGCCCCGCUGCAGAGUCACAUCACAGCUGUGCUGAAGAGCAAGCUGUGCCUGAGAAUCUCCAACCUGGUGCAAGGCCUCAAUGUCCACCUGGGCACUUUAAUUGGCCUCAGCCCUGUGGGUCCAGAGUCCCAGGUCCGCUACUCCAUGAUUGACACUCCUACCAUCACCAACGACUACAUUUCCUUGGAUAUCAACGCUGUUCUCUUCCUGCUGGGCAGACCCAUCGUCCUGCCUGUGGAUAUUACGCCCUUCAUGCUGCCACAGCACAUGGGCACCAAGGGUGCCAUGGCAACCGUGGGCCUCUCCCAGGACCUGUUUGACUCUGUCAUCAUGCUGCUGCAGAAGGCUGGUGCGCUCAACCUGGACGUCACAGCGCAGCUGAAUUCGAGUAACAACCCGCUGAACACCUCUGUGCUGGGCCAGUUCAUUCCUGAGGUGGCCCGUCAAUUCCCCGAGCCCAUGCCCCUGGUGCUCAAGGUGAGGCUGGGUGCCACGCCCACAGUCACGUUCCACACCGACAACGCCACCCUGCGGCUGCAGCCCUUGGUGGAAGUCCUGGUCCCGGCCUCCAACUCGGCUUUCCAGUACCUCUUCUCCCUCAAUGUGGUGAUGAACCUGAGCCUCCAGCUUUCUGUGUCCAAGGUGAGGCUUCGGGGGACCACAUCUGUGCUGGGGGAUGUCCAGCUCACUGUGGCCUCCUCCAAUCUGGGCUUCAUUGAUACCAACCAUGUCCAGACACUCAUGGGCGAAGUGUUUGAGAAGCCCUUGCUGGACCACCUCAAUGCUCUCUUGGGCAUGGGGAUUGCCCUCCCCCAUGUGGUCAAUCUCCAGUACGUCAACCCUGAGAUUUUUAUCCAGGAGGGCUAUGUCGUGGUGUCCAGUGGACUGUUGUACCAGCGCUGAUGUGGGACCACUGGGAGAGCUGCUCCGGGGACCCUUUGGCCUCAAGCCACUCGAGAAACUGAGUCAAAGCCACACUUUCAUCACCACACUUAGUCAUCACCAGCAAGUUGGUUGGCCCAGCCAGGCUGCUUCAUCCCAUGCUGACCCUUCCCUCCAAACCCCCUUCCUUCCUUCAUCCCGUCCUUGUGGGGAGCAGAUAGCUCCUCCAGGCUGUAUAGAUCUUGC